AUGCUUCAGUUCGGCGGCAGGGUGUGCGUUGUCUCCGCUGUCGUCUGGCUGCUUCUGGCGGGGCUGGCGGCUGCGUCUUCUGAUCUAUUUGACAACCAACUAGGCGACAUCAGUUACUGCAAAAAGCAAUGCCAGAUCACCAUCAAAAACAAAAGCCCAGCUAAAGACUCCAUACUGAAUGCCUGUCACCGUGGUUGUCGUCUCUACUCCAUAUGUCAGUUUGUGAAUGGCAAUGCUGGCUUCAACACCAGCAGGGAGGAGUGUCAAGGAGCAUGCCAGGAAGCAUACAGCAAACUGCUGGAGCAGGAGGCCUGCAGCACCGGCUGUGCCAGCCAGCCCUCCGAACCUGAGAUCAAGAGGAGGAAGCUGAAGGCCAUGGCCCACCGUCCCAAGCCCCCCUCUGUCAUGGACACCGUGUCGAGCUGGUUUAACGACAUCGUCAGCUCUGCUCAGAGCUUCAUCUCCUCUACCUGGACCUUCUACCUGCAGGCCGACGACGGCAAGGUGGUUGUCUUCCAGAGCCAACCAGAGAUUGAGUACACUCUGCCGGAGCUGCAGGCUCCCCGCUCCAAUGUGGCAGACAAGCCCUGGCCACAGGUCCACUCCCACACACAGAGACCCCAUGGUGUGAAAGGACAUGGGGAGAAGGGAGCAGCCAAGACCGGAGGCAAGGGGAAGCACCCAGCAGUCCAGCAACAUACAGAGGACCCCACCGCUGAGCAUGACUUCCUGGGUUGCAUGUCAAGGCGCUCAGGACUGCCUCGUUGGAUCCUGGCUGCCUGUCUCUUCCUGUCCAUCAUGGUGAUGUUGUGGCUGAGCUGUGCCAGCCUGGUCACUGCACCUGAACAGCACAUCAAAACAGAGCUGAGCAUCAACGGAGACAAUGAGUUUCUGGAUGACGUCCAGAAGGUCAACCCCUACUAUCUGACCCCUGUGAUUGCUGUAGCCAUCGACCAACCAGAGGAGAGCGAGGAAGCUGGACCACUGCCAGUCAAGGUUGACCUCAACAAGACAUCUCUUUAGGGGACCAAAGGGAUCGGCUCUCUGGUUUCUAGGGUAACCAUUUCGUAAAAACCUCCCUCAGUAAAAGAGGGGAACAGAAACACACCAACACACACACCAGAUUUUUUAUACACACAUGGCACAAUCCCUUCAAAACAUAUUUGUCCUGUCUGAAUUCUAGUUUCUAUAACAAGUCUGACCAUCAGAUCUUAGCCUGUUGUGCUUAUCUCUGCAUACAAUACCAAUUUUCUAGAUCCCUAGUGUCCGUUGAUAAAUCUCACUAAGAGUGUGGAGAUCUAGUUGUCACCACCUUCUUGUACCUAUCAUUUUGUAUUUGACAAUGCAGUUGCUUAAGGCGUAUUUAAUGGACAUUGUAACUAUUAAAUGUAACUACUUAGAUCUGCCUGUGAGGAAGUCAAGGAGA